CAGGACACCGGUUACAAAGCAGCUGUACAGCGUGUCCUUGGGAGCAGAGUCACCAGGAGCCCAGAGCAGCACACAGCGGAGGAGGACAGGCCGCACGAUAACAAUGGGAGACGUUGAAAAAGGCAAGAAAGUCUUUGUUCAGAAAUGUGCCCAAUGCCACACUAUUGAAAAGAAUGGCAAGCACAAGGUAGGCCCUAAUCUCCAUGGUCUCAUAGGACGCCAAACCGGCCAGGCAGAAGGCUUCUCUUACACUGAUGCCAACAAGCAAAAGGGGAUCACUUGGGACGAGAACACUCUGAUGACUUAUCUUGAAAAUCCCAAGAAGUACAUCCCUGGAACAAAAAUGAUCUUUGCUGGCAUCAAAAAGAAGAGUGAAAGAGAGGAUCUGAUAGCCUACCUGAAACAAGCAUCCUCCUCCUAACAGCUAUACAUGCUGCCUUAUUUAUUUCAGGAAGGGAUCUCUUUUGAUGAGAUGUUUUUUU